CCCGGCCCGGCGCGCGGUCACGUGAGCGGCGGCGGCACAGUCAGCUGAUCGCGGCGCGAUGGACUUUCUGCUAGGGAAUCCCUUCAGCUCCCCAGUGGGGCAGCGUAUCGAGAGAGCCACCGAUGGAUCCUUGCGGGGCGAGGACUGGUCUCUCAACAUGGAGAUCUGCGACAUCAUUAAUGAGACUGAAGAAGGACCCAAAGAUGCUUUCCGAGCCAUAAAGAAGAGAAUUGUAGGGAAUAAGAAUUUCCAUGAAGUUAUGCUGGCCUUGACGGUCUUGGAGACAUGUGUCAAAAACUGUGGCCAUCGCUUCCAUAUCCUUGUAGCCAGCCAGGACUUUGUGGAAAGUGUCCUGGUGAGAACAAUCCUGCCGAAGAAUAACCCACCUGCCAUAGUACACGACAAGGUGCUGACCCUCAUCCAGUCCUGGGCGGAUGCUUUCCGCAGCUCACCGGACUUAACUGGUGUUGUUGCUGUCUAUGAAGACCUUAGACGGAAAGGCCUUGAGUUUCCCAUGACUGAUCUGGACAUGCUGUCCCCCAUCCACACACCGCGGAGGUCUGUGUAUAGCUCCAACUCCCAGUCUGGACAGAACUCUCCUGCGGUCAACUCCCCUCAGCAGAUGGAGUCCAUCCUCCACCCUGUCACCCUGCCCUCUGGGAGAGACACUUCCAGCAGUGCACCCAUCACACCCACACAAGAGCAGAUCAAGAAGCUACGCAGUGAGCUGGAAGUGGUGAAUGGGAAUGUGAAGGUCAUGUCAGAGAUGCUGACAGAGCUGGUGCCAUCCCAGGCUGAGACUUCUGACUUGGAGCUGCUGCAAGAGCUGAAUCGGACAUGCAGAGCCAUGCAGCAGCGUGUGCUAGAGCUGAUUCCCCGUGUCCAGCAUGAGCAGCUCACUGAGGAGCUACUCCUCAUCAAUGACAACCUCAACAAUGUGUUUCUACGCCAUGAAAGGUUCGAGCGAGUUCGGACAGGACAGCCUGUUAAGGCACCAAGUGAGGCAGAGAAUAACUUGAUUGACCUGAGAUCCAGUACACCCAGUACUCCGUCUGUAGUGAGACAACCUGAAGUCACCAACAACCUCUCCUCUCAGCUGGCUGGAAUGACCCUGGGCUCGAGGAGCGUGAGUGCAGGGCUGCACUCCCUCGACACCUCUGGCAAGCUGGAGGAAGAGUUCGACAUGUUUGCUGUGACACGUGGCAGCUCACUGGCUGAGCAACGCAGAGAGGUAAAGUACGAAGAUCCCCAAGCCACCAAAGGACUUGCUGGUGCCCUGGAUGCCCGGCAGCAGAACACAGGAGCGGAGGAGUCUAAUGCCUCCAGUGAUGGAGCCCAGCUGACUAACUGGAUGAUGCGGCAAGGAAUGGUGCCAGUUCCCCAGGCAAAUUUCAUGGAAGACAUAGAAAAGUGGCUGUCUACUGACGUGGGAGAGUCAGAGGAUGGAAAAGGUGUCACCAGUGAAGAGUUUGACAAGUUUCUGGAAGAACGAGCAAAAGUUGCAGACCGACUGCCCACUUUGUCCAGCUCUUCAGCAGGGACGUCUGUCUCCCCUGCUGCUGCCAGCCGUCAUCAGAAGCAAGCAAAAGAAGAUGAUGCUAUGUUUGCCUUGUGAGCACGACUGACUGGUGUGCUGUGGAGCAAGAGGCUGUGUGUGCUGUUUUGCUCGCCUCCAAUCCGGGGCCAGCAGGGGAAGGACUCUAUCCCCUUCCUCCACUCUCUUCCUGUUUUCUUUUUGAGUUGUUUUUAUUUUAAAGCUGCUUUCAUAUUUCAGAUAAUCAUUGUUGUGUUCAGGGACAUUCUGUGUCACACAAUAGGCUUGUGAAGAAGGUUUUCAAAGCUGCUAGAGAACAUGGGAGUUCAGUGGGCGUUUUUUUUUGGUAUGGAGUGGGUAAAGCAGAAACUCCCCAUCCUCCUCUCCAGUGAGUCAAUCAGAGAUCUUGCCCAAGAAAGAGGAGAGCCUGCAGCCUGCUGCUGAAAUCAUGCCUGCCUGCCUCUUUCCUAGCUCCCUCUCUAGAGUGGGCCUCCAGCCCUCUGCCUGCCACUGUUAGCCUGGAAAGCAAAGGUGGUACGAUAUGUUACAGGUGGAGGAGGAAAAACACUAAUGGCAGUGGAGCCCUAUUGCUCUAGUUUUUCUUGCACAAGUGCUUGUGGUAUGCAGCACCUCACUCACAACCCCUUCUCUUCCUUUCCUACCCGUCAGUUUAUCUGGAAUCUUACCCACAUCCCUUGUUUCCUUUGCAUGCCAGCCAGUUACCAAAGCCCCUGGCAGCAAGCAAGCCUUGAGCUGCAAAUGGUACACAGCCUGCAGGCUGAAGGGGCUGUCUGCUGUGGGUUAGGAUGUGCCUUCAGCAAACUCUUUGCAGUUAAUUUAAUUCCCCUGUUACCAUCCUUUCCUUCCUUCUUUCCCCAAUACGACCCUGCCUCUAUUUUGCUUCCGCUGAUGCCUUCCACCACAUCCCGCUGUGAUGCAGGGAGGAUCUCUUAGCCUCGGAUCCAGCUAACAGCUGUUGACUCCCUGUGUGCUGUGGCAGAGAGCUGUGUUCCCUAAAACAGGAGGCCCUCAUAGGCACUGUUACACUGGUGGGAGCAUGCUGUUGCUGGGAGAGCUUGUUCAAGCUGGUGAGCGCAAGAGGGGAAGCGAGACAUCAGUCAUCUCGCAACAGCAAAGCUGCCCUGCAGCAGCCAGGAGCGACUUGCACUUAGGGGAGAAACCCCUUCUGAGCAAACCACACACAGUGCCUGAUCCUGUAUGGCAGCUGGGGAGAUGGGUGCCGAGCCUGGGGCUCCUGCUCAUGGGAUUUCCUGCUGAAUGUGGGAGAGUUGCCUUUUUUAUUGCACAUUAAAGGAGCAAACUCUUGAACCUCC